AUGGAGGCAAAGUCAUUGUUUUUGAUGGCGUUAGUGGUGGUAGCAGUUGCAAGCAUGUGGGAGGUUAAGAUGGCUGGUGCGGAACUCAGUGCUGCUCAGUGUAAGAAGGAAAGGAGUCUUGGGGUUAAUGCUUGCAAGCAGGUUGUCUAUGGUAAGCUUCCAACCCCAGAGUGUUGCCAGCGGGUAAGGGUUACCCAUUUUGAAUGUGUGUGCUCUGUUAUCACGCCCAAGCUCGCUGCCCUUAUCGAUCUCAACCGCGCCAUCCGCCUCAUUGAAGGCUGUGGUAGAAGGGCCCCUCGCCACUACAAAUGUGGAGGUUGGGAGGAUGGCAGGGCAAUUUGCAAAGCCAAGGUCAGACCCAUUUGA